AUGAUUUUUCCUGCUAGCAUUGGCCGCCUUUUGGCCUUGUCUACUUCUCUAUUUGCAUUUUCUCAGGCUGAUACUCUGGUGGAACGGAUAAGUUUUGGCACUGGGAAAAGUCUUUCUUCGGAUAAGUCCUCGUUGCCAGGAUGGCAGGUCUCGGGGCAAAAUUUUAUCCCCGAAGUGAUGUCGGAUAGAAUAAUACUAACACCACCGUAUCCUGGCAACAAAAGAGGUGCUAUUUGGGGUCUUGAGCCCCUUCAUGAGUAUGAAUGGACUGUCGAUUUUGAGUUCAGAGUCAACGGAGACGAACGGGCUGGGGGAAACAUCCAGCUCUGGUAUGUGAAAGAUGGGAAAUCAAAGGUGGGGACGCGUGAUAUCUAUAGUAUCCAGCGAUUUGAUGGCAUGGCUAUCACAAUUGAUAGUUCUCAGGGGAGAGGCAUGAUUCGCGGCUUUUUGAACGAUGGCUCCAUCGAUUUUCACAGCCACAGUCUUGACAACUUGGCCUUCGGGCAUUGCGAAUACAGAUAUCGCAACCUUGGCAGGCCUUCCCACCUCAAAAUCAAACAGACUAUGUUCUCGUUCGAUGUCUCAGUGGAUGGAAGAACCUGCUUUCAGACCUCUAAGGUUUCCCUUCCCAGUGGGAAUGACUUCGGUAUCAGCGCAUCUUCUACCGAUAACCCUGACUCUUUCGAGGCUUUCAGAUUCCUCCUUUCUAUCCCGCAAAACCACCACAGCGGUAACACUCGGGAGCAUAGACCGCCCCCUCAGAACAAUCCUGCCCAGGGACAUGUUACCAAAGCGCAGGUGCCUCAUGAUGGCCUUGCCGACAUUCAUGCUCAAAUGAAAGAUAUUCAGACUCGCCUUCAAAGUCUGACUGGCACAGCAGAGAAACUAUUACAUGAUUUCGCUUCUCUGUCUCAAAAAUUCGAUGACCGCAACCACGAGCUCACCCGUAGCUCCGCGCAUCGCGACCAAGUCAGCAGUGUAGAUCAGAGAGUUAUGAGGGUGGAGAGAAUGAUUGAACACAUUCAGAAGGAUCUCGCGGGCAAGGAUUAUCAACACCAUUUCAACAAAUUGGAGGAAGCUUUACAUCAUUCACACUCCGGCGUCAUCCAGAACCUGCAUGACUCUUCUCAUCGUAUCCUCUCAUCUGCGCCUCGUAUGGGAUUCUUUAUUUUCUUGCUCGUGGCCAUACAACUUACACUCGCCGGCGCAUAUGUGAUCUAUAAGAAACGCCGCUCUGCUAUGCCCAAGAAAUUCUUGUGA